AUGCCCUCCUCAGACCUCCCCAAACGCUCCAAGAGCACCUCGGGCCCCGGAGGAGCGUAUCAAGACCACCACUUCCGCUCUUCACAGAAUCUUGGCCCACGUCCAACACCCACGAUUCCCAAGGGAGGCGUAUGGUCAGUCUAUGCCGAGAUCGACAUCAACGUGCCUCCCAAGUACCCCUACGACGCCGUUGUCUCGGUGCAUGAGUGGAGGGAAUGGAAUACCUUCAACCCAGACGUGAUCAUUACCAAACACCCAAACCCCCACGCCGGACGUCAGAACCUCAAGAUGGAGCAGGGGACGUUCAUGACUUUCACAGUGCAGAUCACACCCGACAUUCGCGAGACGAGCAAGGAGCGAUGCGAGCAUCUUGAACCUCUGAAGCACAAGGACGACGGGCAUGCAAGUCAUGCUCAGGGCGGGAACAUCACGAGGAUACGAUGGGUUUUGGAUAACGCGAAUUUAUUCGCGCCAGGCUUCAUCAUGAAGACAGAGCGGGUCAAUGAGAUCGAAGAGAUGCCCAACGGAGGCACAAAGUACAGGACCUGGAUCACCUUUGCGGGCAUGGGUGCUAAGAGCUGGAAAAAGAAAUACUCCGAGGCCAUACAACAAAGGGUACAGGACUUCUGCAGAGACUUGAAGAGAAGAAGUGAGGAGCUGUAUGCGAAAGAUGCUGGAUUCGGGAGCGAAGGCGACAAAAACCCCGCCGUUCAGGAGAACGGACAUGCUGCAUGA